CAAUAUCAACUCUGUCAAAGUCGCAUCCCGUAGAUCCUGGAUCCCCGUCCGCCGUCGUAGAUUCAGAAACCACGGCAGCUACCACCGUUACGCCACUGCCCGACCUCCGCCGCGGCUACAUGCUUCUAACUGUUCCGAUCUCCAUUCUAAUAAUGCCUCACUGUUUCCAACUUUCCAUACAUUACGAGUAGAUGCUUAGAGAAGACAUCUACGGAUUAGAGGAAGCUCCCACUUUUCAAAUCAAGAUCUCCCAGAGGUUGUUUCCAUUAUGGAUUCCAGAACAACCACUCCAUCUCAUCCACUCUCCAAUAGUGCUUCUGAAGUUCAACCUUCCAAAUCAAUUCUUUCUGAGAAAGAUAACCCUUCAGACUACAAAUCUUCUGUGACAUCCACAUCAGGACAACUACCUUCUUUGUCCAAAAACUCAGUUGGUCCACUGCCUGUACCGCCUUAUGGGAAACAGGAUUUGGAGACCGGAAAUGAUGGGUGGUCGUCCUUUUCACGCCUUGCCAGUGGAUUGGGAUUGCAGUUCUCUUCUAAAGCUUCCUCGUCAAAUGAGAGCACUGGAGACAGCUCAGCUAAUGCCCAGUCAGGUGUUUUGGAAUCAAUUACUAAAGGACUGGUUGACUCAUCCAUGAAUGCGGUGAAGGCUAUGCAAGUUAAGGCACGCCAUAUUGUCUCCCAGAAUAAGAGAAGAUACCAGGAGGGUGGAUUUGAUUUGGAUAUGACUUACAUAACUGAGAAUAUUAUUGCUAUGGGAUUUCCAGCGGGUGACAUGAGCUCUGGAUUUUUUGGAUAUGUAGAGGGCUUCUAUCGAAAUCACAUGGAGGAAGUGAUCAAGUUUUUUGAAACACACCAUAAGGAAAAAUACAAAGUUUACAAUUUGUGCUCAGAACGGUUGUACAAUGCUUCACUAUUUGAAGGAAAGGUUGCAUCAUUCCCAUUUGAUGACCACAAUUGCCCCCCUAUUCAUCUCAUCAAACUGUUCUGCCAAAGUGCUUACUUGUGGCUGAAGGAGGACAUUGUUAAUGUGGUAGUCAUUCACUGUAAAGCUGGCAAGGCAAGGACUGGAUUAAUGAUUUGUAGCCUUCUUCUUUUUUUGAAGUUUUUCACAACGGCUGAGGAAUGCAUUGAUUACUAUAACCAAAAAAGAUGCGUAGAUGGCAAGGGUCUCAUCCUUCCAAGCCAGAUUAGGUACGUGAAAUACUUUGAACGCAUCCUGGCACACUUCAAUGGUGAAGCCCCGUCUGGACGUAGGUGCAUGCUGCGAGGAUUUCGGUUACACAAGUGUCCAUAUUGGAUCAGGCCUUCAAUUACUAUAUAUAAUCACAGUGGAGUCCUGUUUACAACAAAAAAACACCCAAAAACCAAGGACUUGAUGCCAGAAGAUUUUUGGAUCCGUGCGCCAAGAAAAGGAAUUGUGGUUUUUGCUCUACCAGGGGAACCUGGUCUAACUGAGCUGGUCGGAGACUUCAAAGUUCAUUUUCAUGACCGUCACGGAGAUUUUUACUGCUGGCUAAACACAUCAAUGAUGGACAAUAGAAUUAUUUUAGAUGCCUCACAACUUGAUGGAUUUGAUAAGAGGAAGUUGCCUUCCCCUGGAUUUGAAGUUGAGAUUGUGAUGAUAGACUACGAUGGAACUGUCCCAGCAGCAAAGCACAACCCAGAAAGCAGUGCAGCAAGCAAGACAACUGAUGAUGACACCAAAGCUCAUGGUUCAGACGACCAAACGAAGGGGUUGAGAAGUGGGACCCGCGAAGACAACGUGUUUUCGGACAGCGAUGGAGAGGAGCCCUCAAAAACCAGUUCUCGCAAGGAAAAGCAAAUGCUGAAAGUGAUAAGAAAUGAAACUGAGAAGAUGGGCAUUGGAGGAGGAGGAGGUCAGGAGGAGCGGGCAGUGAUGAAGAGUGAAAUGAAAAGUGACGACACCAUUGCUAACAUGGGCUCAACUGAUAUCAAAGCCAUUGCAGCCGAUGCUUCAGUCUUCAGCUUCGGAGACGACGAAGAUGAAGAUUAUGGUAGUGAAUGAAGAAGAAGCUGUUGUUGCCACAUCUCUCGUUUUUUUAAUUGCUUUGGGUUUUUAAAUUCUGUUUUAAGUCUGCUUGUAGCAUCAAAUUUUGUUUUGACAAAUGAGAUUCCUAAAGCCAUUUUUGGAGUAAUGUUUUGACAAUGGCUUGUUGUUCCUUAGCACUGUUUGGCUUAAGGAAUUUGACUGGGAAAAAAUGUCAAAAAUAAUUUUUCUUGUUUGGUUAAAGAGGAAUAAAAAAUGGGAGGAAAG